CUGUGUGACUCUAAUGUACCAUAGGUGUAGAGUCAUUCAUCAGAGCUGUGGGAUUGGAUCUUCUUGUGUUCAAUAACUGGAUAGAUACGUCUGGAGUGUAUCAUAGAUGUACAGAUAUAUAUCUUUUAGCUAGACUGUAUGUCUGGCUACAGUAGUGUAGCUACGCCCAUGGCAUUACAAGAAAAUGCCCUGGCGCAAAAAUCAACGAUGUGUGAAGAAUGUUUUCUAGACGUGUUGAAUGUGCGUGAGAUCCACGGCCAAAGCGAAAGCUCCCAAGGAUGAAGGGACGUCGAGGCAAUCUGAAAGUCCUGCUGGUGUCAGCUGUGUGUUUUAUUCUUCUCUACAUCGCCUUCACCCGGGGGGUCGUGCACCACACACCCACAUCAGAGUCCCAAGUUCCAGACGGGUGGCUCGUGCACUCACACGUCAAAACACGGCAAACUGCGGCACCGUUAAGAAACCAACAUCAUACGUCUUUGUUUCUGCACAAAGACGUCAACAUCGUACCGUCAUUACCUCCCCAUGAUUUUGUUUUACCUAAAGAGGAUUGUGUGCCCCUGCCAAAGUCACCAAAGGCAGACGUCAAAAUUUGUAUUUACAAAGAAUCCAACGAUACUUGGGUAUCGGGGAAGCUGAAAAAGAAUGAACUUUGGGAAGAAAUGCUAGUACUGUCGAUGGAUCAAGCCUUGAAGAAUGGCCCUGAGCUCAUGCUAGUUGACCUUGGCGCUAACCUUGGCGAGUUUACGCUCUGGGCAGCAGCCCUAGGUCAUCGUGUCCUGGCCGUUGAGAUGGUUCUAGAAAAUGUCCACAUGCUGCAGACGUCCCUGAUGCUGAGUGGACUCAGUCAGCUGGUCACUAUAGUAAACAACGCCUUAUACAGUGACCAUCGUACUCUACAGGUCAACUUUAUGAAGAAGAACAUGGGUGGCAGCAGACUGAACACAUCCAAUGUGUUUGAAGCACUGGACAACACACGAGGCGUGGUACUGGUCAACACAAUCUGCCUGGAUGACCUCAUUCCUCUCGUGUCCAACACGACCGUGUACAUGAAGCUGGACAUUGAGAACACGGAACACGAGGCCCUUAAGUGUGCUGACCACUUCUUCUCAAAGGUCAAUGUCAAGGUCGUACAGAUGGAGUGGUACCUCAAGACGUCAGAAGAAAUGUCCAGCAUCACGAGAUUCAUGGUCGGCCAUGGUUACGUCAUGUCCGAGUCAGUCAAUCAGAUCAUCCCCGUUACAACAUCAGAUAACGUGUAUUUCUUAAAGAAAACUUCUUUUUAAAAACCUUUUUAUUAACUCAAGAAUUUUGUUUUGAAAUAGUAAAUCUAA